CCGUGUUUAUGUCAUUUACGUGGCGUGCGUGGUGCCGGUGCCCAGUGAAAAGUCUACCCAAGUUGUGGAGACAGGGAAUUUGCAUGGUUUUUUUUUUGCGGCAUAACUCAUCUAACUGUAUGGCAGCAUGGUCACUCAUAGGCGUCUAUUGUGUACUGUUUGUUGCUACCAAUAUUACUAACAAGUACGUGUUGUCUGUGCUGCAUUUCACAUACCCAACGCUGUUCCAAGAAUGGCAGACUUCAGUUGGCGUCAUCGUUCUGUUUGUUGCCGCCAAUCGAGGCUUUAUCAAGCUUACUUAUGACAGGUCAGCUCUGUUGCCAUGGUUACCUGCAAUGAUGUUUUUUGUGGGGAGCAUCUACUCAGGAUCCAGAGCUCUUUCAAAACUUGUUGUUCCUGCAUUUGUCAUUAUUCAUAACACCGUUGAGUUUCCUGCAUACAUUGUUGGAAUCCUCAUCAACAACCAGGCAUUCAGUUUGGCCAACAUUGCCAGUAUGGCUGCCGGGACAUUUGCUGCAAUAUUGACGUGGGUAACAGAUCCACAGAGAGAUGAAGGGAGUUAUGAAGAGGGUUAUUUCUGGAUGCUUAUCUAUGUCCUCUCAGCUAGUUCCUUUGCAAUUUACUCCACAGCCAGAGGAUCGGCAAUAAACCUAAGUGAUGUAGAGAAGUUGUUCUAUUGCUAUUUCUUUAGCGCCGUUGCUCUGUCCCCAGCAAGUGUCAUUCUUGGUGACAUCGUAGCAGCACGGGAGUUUCCUCAUUGGUUUCUGUAUCGAUUCUACAUUGGUUGUAUUUUAAGUGGUGUCCUUGGAGCUGCAAUGAAUCUCACUGGUAUCUGUGUUAGUCGGUGUCCUAGCCCAUCCCUGCUGUCCAGACUUGCCAUAGCCAAUGCCAAGACUGUUCUGAUCCUAGUAUCUCUGGCCAUCUUUGAGGGGAUGUUCACUGGUGACUUUGCUUUAAGUGUAUUUCUUGGUGUCACCGCAUAUUCUGUCUAUACUGUUACCAAGACAACAAGCAACACCUUAGCAACAAAUGAUGUUGGUGAAAAGCUAGAGAUUGAAAGACAUGAAAACACAUGACAUCAGAUGAAG